AUGCCACCAGUGCGGAAUAAAAAAUCUAGAAAAAGCACAAAACAUGCUUCGCUGGAUACUAUGAGUAUCUCUUCCUUAAGGAAGAAAAUACGUGAUAGUGAACGUGCAUUAAGAACGAAAAAGGUACAUUCAGCUAAAGGUCAGGUAGGGCUGGAACGUCAACUAAAAGCUUUGAAAUUAAUGCUUAUUGAAAGAAUGGUAGAGUCAAAAGAGAAGAAAAUGGCCUCCAAAUAUCGCAUGGUUAAGCAUUUUGACAGAAAGAAAGUUGAACGUGCAAUAAAAAAGGCCGAAAAACAAGUUUCAGAAGCGCAGACCCCAGAGGAGAUCGAAAGUUCUAGGCAGAAGUUGUCUGAAUUACAGAUAGAUUAUAAUUAUAUAAUGGGUCGUAAAUAUAUGUCACUUUAUCCAACGACAGACGCUGAUGACCCUAAGAUGGUCUCCAGGAGAAAUGAAGUUAGAGAGAUUAUAAGAAAGGCUAUGAAGAAUAAUGAAUUGGAUUCCUUGAACAAACGCUUUAGAGAAGAAAUGAAAAUGAAAAUUAUUGGAAAAGAGGAAAAUAAUCAACAGCGAAAAAAGAACCAAAAUGAAAUACUAGAUACAAAUAAUAUUAUUAGUGAUAAUUUUUUUGGUUCGGAUGAUGAUGGUGAAUAG